AUGCCCACGAUACCAAAAGCGCCAUCAGCAGAGCCAAUCAGGAUCAAACCAAUCGACUUUGCAACCUACCUCCACAGCGGCUUGAAGGAAUACAUUCAUAAUUUACGGCACCCCUCGGCUCUCCCUGGCAAAGGACCUGUCAGCAAGGUCUAUGCGCUCGGAUUGUUCCCGGCUCUUGUUGGAAUUCUUGUCUUUUGUCAGUGGGUCAUAUCCCUGGUGAUCCUUUGGAGCUCUUAUACGGCUGCGGGUAGGAAGGCCUUCCAGGUCUUUUUGAAGGAGCAGAUCCUCCUGUUCGACCCUACAGACAAGGUCGAUCCAAACGGAACACGGGAAGCAUUGAAGCAGCUCUCAGAUCUCAAGCCCAAAGCUAAACCCGUCUUCAACUACUACAUCACCCACCUGCUGCUCAUCCUUUCAACACUCACAUAUGAGCGAAACGACGAGUUGGUCAAACAGGCCGCGGAGAUCCUAGAGGAUAUUGAUAACGAGGAGCAGAGACAACAGGCGGCGGACUUGCUUCUGAACAGCGAGGAGACGAUUGACAGAAAGGCGCAGCUUAUGGGUUUGCGAUUCGAGGGUGUCAGCGAACUCAAAUCUUUGGGGGGUCCCUAUGCUGGGCUAUUCUACAAUGAGGAGUCGAUUGUCCUGGUCUUCAAAGGCACCUCUGUCCUUGCCUUCAACGAGUACCUGAUUGAUGGUACCAUCCAGCGCGUCAAUGCCGAAGAGUACCUUUACGGCGAGGUACACAAAGGUUUCUACGAGUCACUUUUCCCCGAUCCCUUGCCCCUUGACGAGACCAAACAUGCCGGAGUGAAUAGGACCAACCCGUUUCAGACAAUCAUGGAGACCAUCUUUGCGACGGCCAAGAAACUACGAGAGAAACAUGGCAAGCCUGUCAACCUGUGGAUGACAGGACAUUCGCUUGGAGGAGCGCUUGCCGCGUUGACUAUGGCCCGUUUGCAGCUGCCGUUGCGCUCAGACGACCCACUCUUUGAAGGAUACUCUCCCGACUCGGUCAAGGCCCUCUUGCAUGACGAACAUGGUGUCCCAAGAACGGUUCUUCAGGAAAUGAUCUCUCGCUUCAACUCUAGUCACUCUAGCGCCUCGUCAGCACCAAUGUCACCCUCGUCGUCGUCAUCUUCAUCAACCAUUGGCUCACACCGGUCCACGCUCAGGGGUCACUUUGGGUUCUUGAGUCACUUGAGUUUCCAUGGCCACCACGAUAAGAAGGACUUAGACGACUUAAUCAACUUGCGGGACUGCUACAGCUUUGCGAGCCCCAAGCUCGGAGACACGGCGUUUGCAAAGGAGUUUGACCAGCACCACAUUCAGUUCAUGAAGAAGAGCACCUAUAAACCCGUUUACUACCGAGUUAUUACCGACAAGGAUAUCGUCCCCAUGAUGCCACCGAGCUGCAGUACCGAUCCCGAUGAUGUGAGGAAGCGUCUUUUCCCAUGCGUCAACUGCCCCCAGCCCUCGUCGUCUGAGCCUCACUCUCACCAUUCGCCCGUAUCAUCCUUGUUAUCGAGCAAGACGCCGUCCUACGGAGCCACCGAAUUCAGAUACCAAGUCGAUGAUGAAGAUACUUCAUUUUUGCUCGAGAAACCCAUGAACUCGCUCCUGGACUACAGAAAUGUCGGACAGAUGAUUCGCCUUUUCAACUCGCCCAUCCGACCGUUGACCAAGCCAUCAGACAGUCAGACAGAUCUGUGCGGAGGACUUCAGCGUACAGACCAAGAGCUCUCAGAGUUGCUUCGCAGUAUCCAAGAAACCCUCAUGACCCAGAAGGCCGUGGAGGCCAACGACCCGUCAUCCCCAGACACUCUCAAAGCCACAUCAAGCUGGUUUGCUCGCAAGGACAAGAACAGCAAGGAGACCGCAUUCUGUGCACAGGAAGUCGAGAAGAAAAUGCUGUUGGCCAAGGUCAAGUACGACCUGGACGAGGAAAGUCGUUUGCGAAUGCCGUGCACCGGGGAGCGGAUUAUGUUGACGUUCCCCUUUGUGAUCUCUCAUUCCCCGGCGACGUAUCAACGCAACCUGGUCAUGGCCCGGUUCUACUUUGACAGCUUCCCUGGUGUAGAGUUGGAGCAGAAGCUGAGCAUGCUUGGUGGUAAGGGUGUUGGCGUCAGCGCUGGUUCGGCAAGGGACUCGGCUGUUGUUGACAUGGUCGUAGUGGUGUAG